AUGCUAGUCAUUCGCGCGCUCCUAUCGGUGCUGACCCUCUCCGCGUUCGCGUCGGCCGCGAAAUUCUCGAAUCCCUUGCGAAAGACCGAUGGCUCAGACCCGUUCAUCGUCUAUGACACCGGCUACUACUACCUGCUGACCACGACCUGGAAGGAUGUCCAGAUCACCCGGGCGAGUACGAUCGAAGGGCUGAAGACCGGGGAGAAGAAGGUCGUCUGGCGCGACAGUAAUAAGGACCGCUGCUGCAACGUGUGGGCGCCGGAGAUCGCGAAGAUCGACGGCCGGUGGUAUCUGUAUUACACCGCGGGCCAGACCACCGAUCUUGGGUUCCAGCGUCCGUUCGUCCUGCGCGGAGGCGCAUCGCCGUGGGACACGUACGCGUUCCACGGCCGGCUCUCGAACGAAUGGGGUAUCGACGGGUCCAUCGCGCGCAUCAACGACGUCAACUACUUCGUGUGGUCGUGUCAAGCCGGCGGCCUGCAAAGCCUGUGCAUCGCGAAACUCGAGGCGCCGAACCGCAUUGGUGCGCGCACCGUUCUGUCGCAGCCGACGCAGUCCUGGGAGAAGGCGCAGGGAGAGCUGCCCGUCAACGAGGGACCGGUGUUGCUGGAGCACAAUGGACAGUAUCACGUGGUGUAUUCGGCGAGCUUUUGCUGGACGCCGAGUUACGCUCUGGGAUUACUGACCCUCCGUUCUGGAGGAAACCCCCUGGAUGCGCGAGCGUGGACGAAGACCGGACAGCCUAUCUUCAAGAGUGGCAACAACAACUACGGUCCUGGGCACAAUUCCAGCUUCUUCAAGAGUCCCGAUGGGAAGGAAGAUUGGAAUGUAUUCCACGCAACAUCGAACCGCGAUGGUGCCUGUGACGGCAAUCGGUACACGAGCGUACAGAAAGUGAACUGGAACACGAACGGAACUCCUAAUCUCGGAUCGCCUGUACCCCUUAACCAGCAAUUCGAUGGGCCAUCGGGCGAACCCGCUUGA